CUUCAAAGCAGAAUGUGUGUGAAUGUUAUUUUUGAGCCUGCCAAUUGUGUGUUUUAGGUUAUAACUUCUUUUUACGAAUUGAUUAUACUAAUUCUGUCUUUAUUAUUAUCUAUAUUUUUAAAAUAUAUAAUAUACGUUACAAUGAAACGCAAAGUUAAAGAUUUAGAUGACGAGGAAAGCAGGCUGUCAUCGUUGUUGUUUAAUAAAUCAAAAAAAUUCGUUGGCAAUCUCUCAACGUCUGUGAAAACUGAAAACGAUUUGGAUUUGAAACCCGCAUGGAUUGACGACGAUGAUGACCAGUUCGGUGUUGAUAUUAUUCCUGGGACAAAGAGCAAAGCUCUUUAUGUUCAGAAACUUAAAACAAAAUAUGAAACGUUGAUAGGGACUCCAAGUUGGGCUAAAGUAUCAAAUGCAUCUAGCGACAAUCAAAAGUCAGAAGAAAUACUGCGCACUGUAGGCCAUUUGCAGAAACCAAAAUCAAAAGGCCUUCGAAAAGAUAAUCUAGAAUUCAAAACAUUUCCGAAAGUUAAUUCAGAGACUGGUAACGAAGGUCCACGAAUUUCUACUGUUGUUUUUCAUCCUAAGAUCAGUGUUGUACUCGUAGCUGGGCAAUCUGGUAUUGUUUCACUCUUCUCUAUUGGUGGUGAUGUCAAUAACAAACUACAUAGUUUUAAUUUAAAUAAAUGGAAGGUUAUAACUGCUCAGUUUACACCCGAUGGCUCAGAGGCAUUUAUUGCAUCAAAAUUUCAACACAACUACUGUGUUUACAAUCUUGUUAAAGCUGAACCUAAAUUAGUUCAGUUACCAAAAGUAAUAAAGAAGCCAAAAUUAUUUAAGUUAUCUCCAGAUGGCAAAUAUAUAGCUGUUAGUGAUGGCUUGGACGAAGUAUUCAUAAUUUGUGCAAAGUCUAAAGAACUGUUGAGAUCAUUGAAACACAAUAUGAAUGUUGAAUCAUUGAUAUUUAGCCAUCAUUCUGAAUUACUUUAUUGUUAUGGUGUUCAAGGAGAAGUUACAGUGUGGAAUCUAUCAACAUAUAGAUCAGUUCAGAAGUUUUAUGACAAUGGCUGUGUUACAGCAUCCUGUAUAACAAUGAGCGAUUGUGGGCAGCUUUUAGCUACUGGAAGUGGUGAAGGAAUUGUUAAUAUAUAUGAAACAAAUAAUUUAACUACAAGAGAACCAUUGCCGCUUAAAACAAUUUCAAAUCUGACAACUAAAAUAACAAAUCUUAGUUUUAAUCCUACGUCAGAGAUCUUAUCAAUGUCAUCAAGCUACCUACCAAAUGCAGUAAAGCUUGUACACAUACCUUCAUAUCAUGUAUUCCAAAAUUUCCCAAAUCAAAAUUUGCAACACGUCGAGGCAGUAAACUUUUCACCUCACAGUGGUUAUUUGGCUCUCGGUAAUAAUAAGAGUUGUGCCUAUUUGUACAGAUUGAAAUAUUACAAGAAUUAUUAGAAUAUAAUUGCUGAAUUUGUAAACAGCAUAAGUAUGGUGAGUGUAAUCACCAUAGAUCAUUGACUCUUGGGUAUUCUGGGUAACCUGUUAGUAAA